AUAAUUUCCAAAUGAAAACUCCAAAAUUAAAACAUAAAAGAUCCCCUAAUGAAAUUGAACUUGAUGAUCAUACCUCAACAACGGAUCAAUUAUUUUUAAUUUUAUCAUUAGAUAAAGCUGAAAAAUUUUUCAAUCAUUUAAAUAAUGAUAAACAACUUAAAUUAGAAAUACAAAAUUAUUUAGAAGAAUCAAAUUUAUUAUUACAAAGACCGAAUUUACCAUUUGAUUCUUUCAUAAAAACGGAUUUAUUCAUCAAUAAACAAAAUAAUCAAAUAAAUUCUACAAUAGAUUUAAUGAAUAAUCAUUUCAAUAAACUGAAACUUAAAAUAUCAUUAUGGGAUUCUGCACUAAUCAAUUAUUUUGUUGAAUGUAUUCAAUGGUCAACAACGAAAUGGAUUCAUGAAUUUUAUAAUUAUCAAAAUAAUAAAUUCAAUUCUAUUGAACAUAAAAUUCAUCAUUCAAUGUUUCAAUCAUUAUUCAAUAUAAAUACUACUAAUAACAAUCAUAAUAAUACAAAUAUAGAAAAAUUAAUGUGUAUUAUCAUUAGUUUUACAAUGGCUUAUAUAUUAUUACGUCAUUUACAAUUAUGGCAAUUAGCAAAUAAACAUUUAUAUAAUAAUCAAAUGGAAGUGAAUCAAAAUAAUGAAAAUUUAAUUAAAACUAAUAAAACAACAUGUUUAGUAGGAUCAAUUCGUUUCUUUAAAUCCUUAUUUCAAUUAUCACCUACGUCCAACCCGAUUAAUAAUGAUAAUGAUAAUAAUGAUGAAAUUAAUCUUAUACAAUUUGAAAAACAAUUUUCCGGCUACUUAUUUAAUCUUGAUUCAAUAGCGGCAAAAUCAUUAAUAGAAUAUUUUUCAAAAAAUUUUUUAAAUAAACAUCAUUUAUUAGAGAAAGUAUUUGGACCAUAUACAGCAAUUAAUCAAAAAUUAAUAAAAAUUCCUUGUCCACUUUAUUUUGAUACAUUAUUGGAAACAUUUGAAACAUCAACAGAUUCUGUAUGGCCAGCUCCAUUAUCUGAAGCUAUUCCACUUAAAUUUAUUUCAAAAUAUUCUGAAUUAUUUCCUGAAAAAGUAACUAAAUGGUUAAAAAAUUUUAAACCAGAUGAUAUUCCGAAAGAAACUCAACAACAACAACAACAACAACAAGAGCAACCUGAGAAACAAAAUGAACAAUCUAAAUCUUCAGAAAAAGAAAUUCAAAUAGAUGAAGUAAAACAAGAAGAAUUAGAUCCAAUGUUCAAAUAUCUUACUUCUAUUGAUACAUUAAAUUUAGAUGAAUUGAAUGCAAUCAUUGAAGUAAAUCCAAUAGAAUUAGAUGGUAUUAUACAAAAGUUACUGUUUGAAUUAUCUAUAAACUAUUCUAAUAAAGAUUAUUUAAAUAAAAUAAAACAGAAACAAAUUGAAUUAGGUAAACAAUUAAUUGAUAGAGCAAAAGUUAGAAUUACUGAAUGGAAUGAUCAAAAUAAAUAAAAAUAGGAUGAGUAUUUAUACUAUCAGAGGAAUGAAUCUCCUUUUUUUUCUUCUUCUUCAUAUAAUGUAUAGGUUAAAGUAUACAAAAAGAGAUAGUAAUAAAUCUUUCUUUACCCUGGUAACAAUAACCCCCCUUUUUAUUCAUUUAUUUUUAUUUAUUUAUUUAUUACGUCAUUAUUGCAACUCUUUCUGAAAUAUAAAUUACAUCAUACAUAACUGAUUGAUUUCAAUUCAUAUUUUCUUUAUUACCAUUAAUCAAUUUUCAUAAGUUCUAACCACUAUUUCAAUGUUUUGGAACUUUCCCUCUCUAACUUUAUUUAUUCGAGACAAAAUGUUAUGACCUCAUUAACUCUAUCGGAAUCUUCACUACACGAUGAUACAUUUAUUCAUCCUUAAUCACCCUCUUAUGUAUAAGUAUGUCAAUAUCUGUAAUAAUGUUGAAUUUUAAAUAUUUUAGGUUGUAAAGGGACUGAUGAGAACCUAACGAAAACAAAUGAAUCCAUUUAUUAUUCUGCAUCAAUCUUUAUUUUUGCUCUCUUUAAGAUAAUGUAUUUUCAUUCUAUAGUAAAGAUGAUAUAUUGUGUUUUAAA